AGGGUCACUCUUACUGCCGUAGCUGCUUCUGCCUUAACUGCCUCUACAAUCCUUGGCUACCAAGCAAUCAAACGACAAUCAAAAGCACGCGAUCUAAAAAAUGAUCUCUUGACAAUCAAUCUUCCCCAGACUAAGCUCAAUGCAUUUGGAAUAGUCGACAAUGGUUCAGAAACAAAUUUCCACAUCCAUGACCAAUCAUUGAUUGAUGAACAACUUGCUCGUAAUAUCGCGUUUCUCGGUCACGACAAAGUUAAAGAACUCCAACGAGCUCAUAUCGUGAUUGUUGGUGCUGGCAGUGUAGGAUCCUGGGCUGCACUAAUGCUCUUACGCUCUGGGAUUCAGCACAUGCGUAUUAUUGAUCCCAAUCCCAUCACCCUGGGUAGCCUCUCUCACCAUGCAGUAGCCGAGUCGGCAGAUGUUGGUGUGGCAAAGGCAUUGGUACUCAAAAAGCACUUUAAGAACAUAGCCCCCUUUGCAAGACUAGACUGUAGAGUGGAAAGAUUGACAAAAGAAAACAUGUAUAUUCUCCUGGCGGACAUUUUGGUAGGUAACCCGGCUUAUGUGGUGGACACACUUGACCGCGUAGAAGACAAGGUAGAGUUGAUCAAGUACUGUCAUGAGAAAGGCAUCAAGGUUAUCAGUGCUAUGAGUGCUGGUGGAAAAGCAGAUCCGACACGCAUCGCAAUUCUCGAUAUUAGUGAUACAAUGGAGGAUCCCAUGUCCCGUGCUGUGAGACGUCGCUUAAGACAGCUUGGUGUAGACAGAGGUGUACCUGUAGUAUUCUCAACUGAAAAGCCGCUGCACAUCACAGGAGAUAAAGAAAAAAUUGAACACUUCCCCGACUUUCCAACCCGAGUAUUACCUUCCUUGGGUACAAUUACCAGUCAGUAUGGAAUGGCCAUUGCUACAUAUAUCAUCCUCCGACUGUCAGACUUUAGUGCCUACGAAGACCCUUCGCCACGUCUACGAGAUGGAGUCUACAGCCGCAUGCUUCGUGAUCUUGAGACCCGAGAGUCUGUGAGAUUCAACAACAAGUCAUGUCCAUUGUCAGUUCAGGACGUAGGGUAUAUUUUUGAAGAAAUGUGGCAGGGUAAGAGUGUGUUGUCUGGACCACAGGAUCGUGUAGCUUUAGUGCGAUGGGAUACUAGUAAACCCCUUGGAUACCUGAACACAGUCUGUAUGAACAAGAACGAGGCUAGAGAUCAUGAAGCUCUUCCUUUGGGAGUAGAUCUGUUAGAAGAGUAUGGAAAAGGUAAGAUCUAUCAAAGUGUUAAACGUAGACUGAAG